UGGCCAACAAGGCCCUGCCAUGCCCAAGUGGAGUCAAGGUCCCUGAGAACCUCCAGCCAGCCAGGGGCAGCUCCUCCUCAUUAGCACACAAGCUGCCUGGCCUGGGAUGUGGCUGCAGCCCCCACACUGGCUGCUAUGAUGUCACAGCAGCCCUCUAUGAAGUCACAAACCUUCCACCCCCUGGCCAAGCAGGGAGGGGGGAAGACCCGGGGGGACAGAACUGAUCUCCAUCGGGAGACCCUGUCCUCGAUUUCUACCAUCAUGCCCCCUACCCAUGCCCUCCAGGGACCAAGUCUGGCCGCCAACUUGGCCACAUCUAAUUAUCCGCUGGCCAGGAAGCAGCAGAAGCCGGCACGAUGGCCAUUGAAAAUCACAGGGACCUCUGAGCCGGAUCCCCGAAAAUCUGUUCUGCUACUUGCUGCAUCUGCCACCACUCACAAGACUCUCGCCAUGAAAGGCCUGCUGCUGCUCAUCCUAUCUGCUCUGUUCUGCUGGGUUGCAGCUGAUAUUCGCUGCCACUCCUGCUACAAGGUCCCCGUUCUGGGCUGUGUAGAUCGACAGUCCUGUCGCCUGGAGCCAGGACACCAAUGUCUGACAACAAAUGUGUACCUUGGUAAGAUGUGGGUUUUCUCUAACCUGCGCUGUGGUACACCGGAAGAGCCCUGUCGUGAGGCCAUCAACCAAACCAACAACAAACUGGGCCUGAUCUACAACACCACCUGCUGUAGCAAGGACAACUGUAACAGCUUUGCCCCGCGCCACACUCCGACCCUGACCUUUGUUCUCCUCACCUCCUUGGCGGGUCUUGGCCUCUGGCUGCUGCACUAGACUCUCUCCAUGGCUGUGCCUCUACCUACAGGCCUUAGCUGACAGAUCCCGGAUCCCAGGAAAGACCUGAUGACCUCACGGUAGAGAGUGGAUUCUCCAAAUGCUGGCUCCCAUUCAGACUCCAUCUCCACACUCACCAUUUUCCAUUUUGAGUAAUAAAUGUCUGUGUCUAAUCAA